UUGUUUUGUACGAAAGUAAUGGCUGCCAUCUCUAAUUUUCGAUUGAUGUUUUCCGCGGAGAGACCGAAUUCCUGUGUUUACCGCGGCAUUUAAUAACGCAGGAUCGCUUUGCGCAACGCGUCGGCGUCGGCCGCGAUGUAAACGGUGUUCGGACGCACGUCGUUACGGCUGCCUCAGUGUCAUUUCUGCCGAAAAAUGUCUGUGUUUACAUCCGAGUUACGAACGAGCCUCCGUAUUCCUGUCACAUUGAGCCUAUGGUCCACGGUCCUCAAAUAGCCGAAUCGAGAACUAGACUUGGUGAAGCCAAAACCGGGCGAGGACGAUAGCCAGCAGUCCUUGGACCGGUCGCACAACUCGCUCGCGAGUUUCCACUUGGCGUGCUCCCGUAAGACUACCAAAACGUCGACCCCAUCGGUAAUCAAGUUAUCGGGGGGUGGAACAGCUGGCAGUGGGGAGCAACUGUCCCCAGGGCCUGGCCCACCUCCCCCGGUAUCUCCGUUGAUCGGCGGUGACGGUCGCGUCAACGAGGAGAACGCAAGAGCCACAGAAAAUAACGAUGAAGCGGGGCAAACGGCCGUCUCGGCGGCAAGCGGAACGACGAAGUCCGCGUCUGCGGAAGUGGAGAAGGAGUACGGCCAAGCUAACGAAACCACCAUGAGUUUCGUUCUGAAACUAGACGUCGAGACCGCGGCGGCGUCGGUGGUGGAGAAUGCAACGAAGGACGGCGCCGGGAGUGAAGGACAACCGCCACCGACGUUGCUGAUCGCCCGGGAGAUAUGGCGGUCUCAGGAGCCCGUUGCGGUUGCCACUGGCACUAUCACCACCACGCCAGGGAACGCAAUGGUAAUCGCGAGCGGCGACGACGCUGCCGCCGCGGCCACUAAUGGUGGCAAGUCGCAGCUGUUGCAGUGUCUGGAGGCGACGAGCAAUCAGGAGCAACAGACGGCGACGGCCACCACUGCGUCCACUCUCACGACGGUCAAGCCUGUGGUGACCUAUCCAGUCGCCAAAGGCGCCAGGGAGCAGGUGCAGAGAAUGAUCGCCGGUUCACAGACCAACACCACGGAGGUGUUGACAACGCGCGUCAUCUCGCAGAAGCUGCCGCCAUCGUCCAUUGAUCAGGCGCAGCCUGUCCCGAUGACUCUCAACAUUUCCUCUCAAACAUCGACUAACUCGACGUCCUCACCAUCCCCCAAUAGUGUCGACGUUUCCUGCCCUUGGCAGGCAAUCACGGUACAGAGUACUCAGCCGAUGUAUCAAUCGAAGAAUCAGAUUGCGAUCGCUGACCUUAUCCAUUGUAGUAAGCAGCAACAAGUGACGACGGCGAGCAAUGUACAAGCUACGUUGCAUCACAAGCUUCAGCCAAUAUACCCCAUAGGCACUUCUACUACGGCGGUAAAAUGUCCAGUGGAUUUACCAAGGUAUCACACGAAGUCAGGCAGCAUCAUAUCAACUAGUCAAUCUGCGCAAAAGAUCAAGACCGUGACAAAUGUAAUCACUAGUUCAUCUGCUAUAGUCGCACAACGUAAUAAUUCUCUGUCCAAGUCACAGGGCGUGUCGAAGACACGGGUGUUACCUGGUCAAUUUAUAAACAAUCAAGCGACUGCGAAUAACGCGAACCCGCAAAAGAUUCAGCUGGGUAACUCGACGAUACAGAAGACAACGCAACCGGUCGGUGUAACGAAUGUGCAAAAAACAACGCUUCAAUCCGUCUGCAACAAUCAGAAAGUUCCAGUGUUGAGCGGCAACCAUCUUCCAAACCUCAAGACGCAACAGCAAGGUUUACAGAAGUUACAGGUGCCUCAGAAGAUAUCUCUAGCUGUGGGCAGACAGCAGUUCCAGUCGAGCACGCAACAGGUGAACAAUGUCUCGAAACCUAAUAGCCUCGUAACCGGUAUACAAAAAUAUCAAUCACCCGGACAACAUUAUAUGGCAUGCCAACAAGCGGCAAUAUCUCAAACGAGAUCUCAAUCGACGGCAACCGGGCUGCAAAAGCCUCAGACAUUGACGACGGUACAAACCACCAAACUGCAAACCGCGACGAGUAAUAUCUGCAAGAGCAAUAGUGUGCCGAAUGUUUCCAAACCAUCGCAAAACUCAAACGUGCUCGCGAUUGGCAAACAGCAAUCACAAAUGCAACCUACGUCGGCACAAUUGUUACAGGGUUCGCAACAACAAGUAAUCCAAAAGUCGCAACAGCAGCAAUCGGCAAACGCGAAUAAUGUACAGGUUCAAAGAAGUCACAGUAUUACUAAUGUGCAUUCGAAGGUGAUAACGUCUGUCCCGAACAAUCAAAGAACUCCGGUUGUGAUGAACUCGAAGGCUCAACAGCAGCAGCAGCAGCAGCAACAAACAGUGAUGAGGGUGGGAAUAUCGAAGGGUCAGACGCAAGCUGCACAAACUGUAGCAGGUCUGAAGACUAUCUCGCAAAAAACCAUAAUGAACCCCGUCAAGACUACCGCAAAUUCACAAAACAAUACCAUUCAACAGCCUAUAGUGCAGAGAAAUAACAAUCCUCCUCAAUCUAUGAAAAUCAUUCAACAACAACAGCAGCAGCAGCAAAAUGUAAUUGGACCGCAGAACGCUCCGCAAAAACAGCCUGGAUGCAUCAAGACUAUUCCUCCGCAGAAACCUGUACAAAGGAAUCAUGCUCAGAAAAUCAGCAGCGCUGGUGUUAAACCCUUGUUGAGUCCAAACGUAACGGGAUUUACGAAAGCUCAAGGCCCGACCGCGACGCAAGUAGCGCCAAAGACGAGUAUCAAGACCCUGCUGCCGCAGCAGACGGUGGUCGCACCGUCCAAUGUGAUAGCUCCGCACAAAAACUCGCCGAUUAAAAUCCAACAGCAAGCGCUACAGCAGAAGCAAUUGAUCAUGACGCCGCAAUACACCCAACAGAUCCGACAACAGGCCGGACAAAUAAAAACCCUGCUCCCGAUAACCACGGCUACAAUCGAACCUCGUAAAGACCUCAUUGAGAACAAAAACGAUAAUGAAUCACGGAUGCCCAAAGAAGAGGAGCAAACUACUUCGAAAUCGCCAGUGAGAAGAAUGCCGCUUCCUUAUGAGUGUCUUCAGUUCGUUCUUCAAGACCACAAUUAUGGAGCACCACCGCCACGAACACCACCACCGCCUCCAUCGCCACCCCCUCACCCGAAGCAACAACCUAUUAAUGGAGCCGGCAGUUCCACAGCUACUUCCCAACAUCCUUAUAUCUUUAGUCCUGUUGUGAGCAAUACCAAUGUGGAGGAUGAUGCUGCCAGCGCGAUCAGCAGUGAAGCAGGACGAGAAGCGGAACCGGAAGGUGAAGAAACCGAAACAGCACCCGAGGGUGAAGGUGACGAUGAGGACAGUGUUACCAGAUGUAUCUGUGACUUUGAACACGACGAUGGAUAUAUGAUAUGUUGUGACCGAUGCUUAGUAUGGCAGCACGUCGAUUGCAUGGGCAUUGACCGUUCGAACAUUCCUGACGAAUACCACUGCGAGAGAUGCCAGCCGCGACGAGUGGACAGACAGCGAGCACGCGCCUUGCAGAUGCGUAAACGCGAGGAGCUUCUCAAUUCGGACACAUCGUCCGACACCUCGUCUACCAGUUCGGCGGACACGGACGUCGGUUCGGUGAACAACACCACGACGCAGAAGAAACGCUCGCUUUCGCAGCAACAAUCACAAGUUCCAAGACGCAGCAAAUCCGACGCGUCUGCCCAAUCGUCGCAGGUGCGAAGAUUGAAUAAUAACAACAAUAACAAUAACAACAACGUUGGAAAGAGGCAGAGAAGGGACUCCCAACCCCGACAACCGAGCGCCGUUCGCAAGAAGGAGAACACCACCCCGAAACGUGGACCUGGAAAACGUAAGGCUAAAAGGAGAACGAGCCUCGAGGACAAAGAGGAAGAUGUGCAAGAUGCCUGGGGCACAAACAUGGCGCCCCUAAGACAGUGGAUCGAAAGAUACGAAGAAGCAGUUACGAAUCAUUAUAGUCCCGAAUUGCGAGCCAGGAUAUCGAAUAUCAAAGUCAACGGUACACAUAAUGAUCUCAGGCAAAGUAACAUGAAUGUCGUUGCCACCGGUAAAUGCAGACUCAAUGUGCACAGCAAUAAUCUUAGAUUUUUAGUGGCGACGAUGUACCUUCCGCCAAACACUCCUGUCGUAGAACUACGAGGCAAAUAUAUGCUUAGCACACAACAUCGACUGCAGUAUACGCAAAGUGGUAGGCAGCACGUUCAACGGCCGGGACCGUUCGUGUUUUUCUACCGUCUGCCACGCGACGGUACCGAAGUGUGCGUAGACACGCGGACGUACGGGAACGACGCGAGAUUUGUGCGGCGUAGUUGCAAGCCAAACGCCGAGGUGAAGCACUGCAUCGAAAAGGGCACGCUGCAUCUCUACAUCGUGACGACAUGUGCAAUCGAGAAGAACGCCGAGAUAACGAUCAAACACGAGCAGCACGAUCUACUGCUGUCACCCAAUCCCAAUUCCCCCGCGCUGCCCGUCGUGUGCGCGUGUAACAAUCCGCGGGAGUGUCAAAUUGCAAACGCGGCGAGCCAGUUGAACAGAAGAGGUAGCAACGGCGCUCUCGCUGAAAAUGCCGAUGGCAGAGAACGAAGGCGGCGAGGUAGAAGAAACACAGUUUGCGAGGAAACCGAUUCCACGCCACCGACAGUUCCUCCUACGAGUGUCACGCAAACCACUACAACCGCAACAUCGUCUGUGUCAUCGACGGUGACUCCUGCGACGCCGAGAAGAACCGUCACGACCACGGUUACAACUACAACGACCCGCCAAGCAGUUGCCAAGGAGGAAACCACGACGACGACGGUAGCGAAUACACAGCCUCAAACGUCGCCUAGUUUGAACCAGUCGGUGGCGACGACGCCGGAAACGAAGAAAGAUAAAAAGAAGAUGACGCGAGAUGAGAGGAAGAUGGAGGCGAUCAUGAAGGCUUUCGAGAGGCUGGAGAAGGCGGAACAGAGGAAACAGGAAGUACAAGCGAGAAAUGCCCAACGAAAAGAAUCUGGUGGCACGCACAGCGACAAUGAGGAUAAUCGCUCGACGACGGGACAGUCCAAAAAUAGUAAACAGACGAACUCGGAGAGGCCGCUGCGACGGAGAAGGAGGAAAGGUCGAGCGAGAACGACAAGCUCCUCUCAGUCGCAGAGUAGCAGUCGAAGAACGAGGUUGAAUUCCGCUGAGUCCGACGUAUCUUCCGGGGACGAGAGCAAUUCCAUGCAGUCACCGCCUCUGUUGGGUCAGAAUCGCCCGCCCAGCCGGGACGUUCCCUAUUCGUCGCACUUGCACACUCCGGCUAAGAACACGACGAGCGAUGUUAACACCGGAUCAUCCGGUGGCCAUCAAGGAAUUCCAACUGCGGCUGGUUUACUGCUGGCCUUAGCGAACUCGAACGCUCCCGGUCCUCCGAGCUCGCCACCGUUACAGCAACCUACUCCUGUCAAGAGUCCUACUUGCGACAGCGGAGCCAGCAGCAGCUCGCAGAGUUCAACGCCGUCGACACCGUUGUCGUCUGCCUGCUUGCUAGUGGCCGCGGCAGUCGGUCCGCUAGCUCCGGGUUUCAAGUUCCCGAAGACGAAGAAGGUGCUGAUGAACGAAUGGCUGAAGGAAUCGCCCGAUCCGCCACAAGCUAAUAUACCUCAAGUGUCACCUCUGCCGGCUCUACCAAGUGUCGCCUCUGCCGGUCCGCCGACUUUACAAAAUUCCAUGAAUCCGCUGUGCGGCAGGCACUUCCCGCCGGUACCAACAGAUGCGUCGGCGGAAUUUCUGUCACAUAGUUACGCGGCCAAGAGUUUAGCCACCCUUGUGCAAGCCGCCAACUCGGUUAGCGGCAUAUGCGACUCGCCGCCGCAGCGUAGACAGCAAGCGGUUUCUGGUAACAACAAUAACAACAAUGGGAAUAGUGGCUGUCCCACUGUGUCUAACUCGGGCUCGGCAAAGAAGCGAUGGUUGCGCCAGGCGAUCUCGGAAGAGUGCGAUUCGCCCAAUAGCCGGCCCGAAAGCCCGCCGCUUAACGAGACGGUAGCACCGCCCAAGAAGCGUAGAAUAGCUCGAGAGAGCUUGUCAUCGGACAAUUACACCCCGCCGACGACGCCAACCAUGCUACUUCCGACCGAAGCAGCGCCUAACAGCAGAUCACUAUGUCCUGCUGACGAUGACUAUACGGAACAUGUGCAAUCACCUAUCGUAGAACAAACCGAUGAGAGGCAGUACGAUUUGGAAUCUGUGAAAGAAGAAAUCAAAAUGGACGAUGACAGAUCUAUAGAUUCUGACAAACCUGCUCGAGAGAAACUUUCAAUUGAUAUUUUUCCUCAAUCAGAACUUCAUAUAAAACGUGAAGGUAAAACAGAAUGCUCUGAUAUCGUUAAAAUGGAAGUGUCUCCUGAAAUGGAUGUAGAAACUGUUACGAAAAAAGAAAAAGCUUCGCCGAAGUGGGAGGGAGAUGAUACGAAAUUUGAAUGUAAUUACGAUCACUUGAAUCAGAAAUUUAUCGAGAAAAUUCGAGAGACCGCCGAGAGAGUCAAGAAAGAGUCUCUCGCGAAGGAGGAA